UUUUGUUGCCAGGUUACAUUGUCACAACAUGGCGGGCUGACAACAAUGUUUAUUAACACUCUACCAUAAAAUGUCUUCAAACAUCAGCCAACUCGAAAGAAUGAAUAUUGAAAAUGGUCAGGGUUUAUUUACACAUGACAGCCCUUCUAAAGGUGAACAGUUCAGAGCAAAGCUUCAUUCUGUUGCUCCUGUCAGUACCCAGGCACAGAAAAACACACUUGUAUUUAAAGGUGUUACAAGAGCUCAGGCUAAAAGAUUACAGUCACCAGUUUUUUCUCCCGUAACACCACUGCCUGCAUUACAGAAAUAUCAAAUGGUAAACAAACCUGAAUACAUUCACAAAAAGAAUUUAGAAACACUUGAGCUGAAGCGCUCUUUAGAAACUGUAAAUCACAAUGAUAUAAAAAGAAUGAAACGAGCUGGAUCUGUAGAGCCCCUUGAAGUAAUACCUAAUGCACCUGCAUUACCCCUAGAGUUGAAAGAAAAACAGGAUGAUAUGGCUCCAAGACCUAUGACACCUAGAGAUACAAUAAACAAUUACCAUAAAGGCAAAGUCUACACAUCUGAUCCAAGUGCUCCUGCUACAACUCGUAUGAAAUUACCAACAUCCUAUUAUGGCACACGAGACAUGCAUCAUAUUAUCUCCAUUAUUCGAGAAGAGCCUAACGUUGGAUUCCUUUACCUAAGUCCUGCUGUGCCAAAAUCUUCUGUGAAUUACCACUACUAUAACCUAAAGGUUGUAAGUCAUGAGCAAAUCAACAAACCAGACUAUCUUACCAUUAGCCAAAAGGGGGUAACAAGAAUGAGAAAAGAUGAUGAAACUGAAUUUAUUCUGCUUGAUCAUUGGGAGCAAGAAGUUUUCUAUUUUGAAAAACUAAUAAAGAUCAAGACCUUUGCUCUUUUCCGCAAGUGGAAGGCUUUUAGUGUAUGGCGCAAAAAUGUCAGGUCAUCAAAAAUUAAAAGCUACAAAAAAAACCUUGAUGAAAAUCUCUUUAUUGUAAAUCCUUCCUUGAGGCCAGCUCUGUUGAAUGUCAGAGAAAUGUGUCACAGAAUUAGUGAAAUGGGAUUAUGCCACAUUGAUAAAGACCACACUUACACUUUGACAGAGUUCAGAGAAGCCCAGUUUAAUCAACUAAAUGAUGUAGCUGGAAGACUGCAAGAUUUUAGAGAAUUGGUCAAAGAAGUAGUUAGAAGUGCCUGUAGAACUGCCUUGCUGGAAGCUGGCUUUACACCUGAUGAUUAUUACUUUGAUGGUACUGAGACACCAGGAAUGUAUGGGGAUCUAACUGAAGCACCUGGUACUGGCUCAUCUUAUCAUCUUCAAUCUAAUUAUGACAUGGACAUAUAUGGUGAAGCUCCUGAAAAAAUGACUUAUACUGAGCAAGCAAAUAAACGCGCACAUUGCAAGAGACUGACUUGCUUUAUUCGUCUUGCUGAUUAUUUGAUUGUCAACACUAUGCAUGUGUUGGCAGUGAACUCUGUGUCAACCUUACUCACCUACCUCACAGAACAGCUUCAAAAUACUCCAAUUCUUACAGAGAUUCAAAGCUACAAUGUGUUUAAAGAAGAUAAGAAAAAGGAUGAUGAAGAAACAAAACAGAAUGAAAGAAAAGGAGAUAAGAUGGAUGAGGAAGAAGAAACCAAAUUGCCUCCCUUGUUCAUCACUGAGCUUAUACUAGAACCGAGCCAAUUACUAUUUUCUCCUGACAACGAGGAUUUUCAAGAUGGAAUAUCAGAAGUUAUCAAACGCUUUCAAGAUGCAGUCUUAAGUGUUCAAAAUCUUGUUCCUGAUGGAUAUUUUGAUGCCUUCACAAGACCCAUUAUUAACAACAAGUUUGAAGAUAAGAUAUGUGGUGAUGGCCCAAGCCUUUCAGUUAUGUUUGAGGAUGACAAACAUUUACAGACUCUUAUCUACAAUAUUAGGGAUGCUCUCAGUGCAGCUUUCAAUGCAGCCAGUCAGUAUGCUGAUACUUUUGAAGCUUACAGAGAAUUUUUUAAAGAAAAUGAAAACUUGGAUAUUUCUGCUGUGAGUGGUGUGGAUCAUGAGGGUGUCACACUGACAGAUGUACAGUUCUUUGCUGAACACCUUGCAAAAUACAACACGCAACACAAAAUGGCUAAACACAUUGUUGAAAAAAGACCAGUUGGAAUGCUAAUAGUUGAUGCCACAAAAAUGAAAUCACUUUUAAUUCCAUCUCCUUUAAGAUGCUUGGAUGUUAUCAAUGACAUGCUGCCUCAACUAGCAAGAAAAGAAGUGGAUAGACUAGUCGCUGAACUUCAAGAUGCUCAGUUCAAACUAGAAGCAACACCUACAACAACCAAUGAGUUUGUAAACUCACUUACAUUUCUGGAUGAUGUUCAAAUCAGAAUUGAUCCCCUGGAGAGGGAAGCCAUGGUUGUUAAAGAAAUGUAUGAGCUGAUUGAGCAAUUCCAUGUACCAAUGCCAGAUGUUGAUCUUGUCACAUAUCAGACUUUAAAUCCUUCAAUAAUCACUGUGAGAAAUGCAAUAGAUAAAUCUCUCACUGAAAGGGACAGUAAUAUAGACAAGUUCUGUAAUCAUCUAGACAAGGACAUUGCUGAGCUUGGUAAAGAGGUGAAAGAAGUUAAACAAGAGGCUCAGAAUCCAAUGAUUCUUGAUCCACAAUCUGACAAAGACAAAGUUCGCACACUGCUUAAAAAAUUACUUUCUACCAUGGACAAAUUGCAAGAACAAGCAUUCACAUAUAAAUCUUAUCAAAAGACUUUCAAGGUGGAAGUAACCAAAUUUGAUGCUCUUGAGGAGACCCAUGCUGAGCUAAAACUGAAAGAUAUGCUUUGGAAUGCAAUUGAUGAGUGGGAUGAACUCAUGAAAGACUGGACUACUGCCCCAUUCCAUACACUGGACCCAGAAACAAUGGGGAAUACAACUUUAAAAUAUGCCAAAAGUGUAAUGCAACUUGAAAAAGGUUUACCUCCUAAUGGUGUUGUACCUAUUCUCAAAGAAAAAGUUGAGCUCAUAAGAGAGAGGAUGCCUGUAAUCACAGAUUUGAGAAAUCCAACACUCAAACAACGCCACUGGGAUCUUAUAGAAGAAACAUUAGAUUUUCACUUCACCCCAGAGGAACCUAUCACAUUAGGCAAACUUGUGGAGAUAAAAGCUUUUAAACACAGUGAAAAGCUACAAGAAAUCUCAGGACAAGCUUCUAGUGAGGCAUCUUUAGAGUCUAUUUUGAAGAAAGUGAUUGACUCUUGGAAGACAACUGAGUUUAUAGUGUUAAACCACAAAGAUUCUAAGGAUGUUUUUAUUCUUGGCAAUACUGAUGAUAUUCAGCAACUUUUAGAUGACAGCAAUAUCAACAUUGCUACCAUAGCUUCAUCAAGACAUGUUGGACCCAUUAAACCACAAGUGGAUGAAUGGCUCAAGGAUCUAGAUCUUUUUGGCAAAACAUUGGAGGAAUGGCUGAACUGCCAGAGAUCCUGGUUAUACCUGGAAUCCAUCUUUUCUGCACCAGAUAUUCAACGACAGUUGCCUUCAGAAGCAAAGAUGUUCAUGCAGGUUGAUAAAUCUUUUAAAGAUGUGAUGAGAAAAGUAAACAAAGUUCCUCUUGCUAUCAGAGCAGCCACCCAGCCUGGUCUUUUGGAAACUUUCCAGAACAAUAAUGGUCUUUUGGAUCAAAUCAUGAAAUGUCUUGAGGCAUAUUUGGAAUCAAAGAGAGUUAUUUUUCCAAGAUUUUACUUUUUAUCUAAUGAUGAGCUGCUUGAAAUUCUGGCUCAGACUAGAAAUCCAUUGGCUGUACAACCUCAUCUUAGAAAAUGUUUUGAUGCUAUUUCAAAACUGGAGUUUGGUAUACAAGGUCAAACUGAAGGCAAAACUACACCUGAUCCAGAUGAUGAGAAUAAACCCCAAGAAGUCCAUUACACCAAUGACAUUUUAGCUAUGAUGUCACCUGAGGGAGAAAAGGUAUCCCUUGGCAAGGGACUUAAAGCUCGUGGCAAUGUUGAAGAUUGGCUUGGUAAAGUGGAGGAAGCUAUGUUUUCAAGCUUAAGACGACUGUCAAAAGCAGCCAUUGGAGACUAUGAAAGAAGGCCUAGAGAGGAAUGGGUUGUUGCACACUGUUCACAGGUGGUUUUGACCAUCUCCCAGCUACAGUGGUGUCGUGACGUGACAGAGGUUCUAGAAGGAGAUUUUGAUAGACUGGAAGCCAUGAAGGAAUUUGAAUUAAAAAGUUUCCAUGAUCUGAAUGUUCUUGCUUCAAUAGUUCGAGGUGAAGUUCCUAAACUAGCAAGAGCUGUGCUUUGUGCUUUGAUUACCAUUGACGUACAUGCAAGAGACAUGAUUACAGAUAUGGUGAAAAAAGGGGUCGACCAAGUUUCCAGUUUUGAAUGGCAAAAACAGCUUCGCUACUAUUGGGAUCCAGAAAUUGACAACUGUGUUGUCAGAAUGUCAAACUCACUUUAUGAAUAUGGUUAUGAGUACUUAGGAGCAUCACCAAGACUUGUUAUUACCCCACUAACUGAUCGUUGCUACUUGUGUUUAAUGGGUGCUCUUCAACUGGACCUUGGGGGUGCACCUGCAGGGCCUGCUGGUACUGGGAAAACAGAGACAACAAAAGAUUUGGCCAAGUCUCUGGCUAAACAAUGUGUGGUUUUUAACUGCUCUGAUGGCCUUGAUUACAAAAUGAUGGGUGGCUUUUUCUCUGGUCUUGCUCAGUCAGGAGCAUGGUGCUGUUUUGAUGAGUUUAAUAGAAUUAACAUCGAGGUCUUGUCAGUCAUUGCCCAACAGCUCAUCACAAUCAGAAAUGCCAAAGCUCAAAGGCUGCAAAGAUUCAUGUUUGAAGGAAGAGAAAUCAAACUGGUCUACACAUGUGCAGCCUUUAUCACCAUGAACCCAGGAUAUGCUGGUAGAACUGAGUUGCCUGAUAACUUAAAGGCAUUGUUUAGACCCAUUGCAAUGAUGGUUCCAGACUACACUCUGAUUGCUGAGGUGAUACUUUAUUCUGAGGGAUUUGAAUCUUCCAAGGGUCUGGCACAGAAGAUGACCCAGAUGUAUAAACUUUGUUCUGAGCAGCUUUCCCAACAAGAUCAUUAUGACUUUGGGAUGCGGGCAGUCAAAAGUGUCCUUGUUAUGGCAGGCUCUCUAAAAAGACAAAACCCAGACAAAGCUGAAGAUGUUGUACUAAUCAGAGCCCUUAGAGACAGCAACCUUCCCAAAUUCUUAACUCAAGAUGCCUUACUUUUCCGGGCCAUCCUGUCUGAUUUAUUUCCUGGAGUUGAAAUCCCUGAACAUGACUAUGGACGUCUUAAAGAAGAAAUUAUCAGUGUACAGCUUUCUAAAGGCCUUCAAGUAGUUGAGAACCAGAUUAUCAAGGUGAUUCAGCUGUAUGAAACAAUGAUUGUACGUCAUGGCGUCAUGUUGGUUGGCCCCACAGGCGGAGGAAAAACAACAAUAUACAAAAUUUUAGCUCAAACUCUGGAGAAUCUGCAUGCUGAAAAUUUAGGUGUUGAAUUUUAUCAGCCUGUACACACCUAUGUAUUAAAUCCUAAAGCCAUCACUAUGGAGGAACUGUAUGGUGGAGUCAACAAGCUUACCAUGGAAUGGAAAGAUGGACUUAUGGGCCUGACAGUCAGGCAUGCAGUGCAGGACACAACUGAAGAUCACCAAUGGAUUGUUUGUGAUGGCCCUGUAGAUGCCCUCUGGAUUGAAAAUAUGAACACUGUGUUGGAUGACAACAAAAUGCUUUGCUUGGCAAACAGUGAAAGGAUCAAGUUCACACCUUACAUUCAUAUGUUGUUUGAAGUUCAAGAUCUAGCUGUUGCCUCCCCUGCAACUGUCAGCAGGUGUGGAAUGGUGUACAUUGAUGCAGAAGAACUGAAAUGGAUGCCCUAUGUCAAAACCUGGAUUAAGACUUAUGAAAAAAGACUGAAACCAGAAAGCCUAGAGUUUCUUUUAAUGCUCUUUGAAAAAGCUGUAGAAAAUGGACUUCAGUUUGUCAGCAAAAAAUGUGAACAAGCCAUCAACCAGGUUGACAUAAGCAAGGUUGUAACCUUGUGCUGUCUUUUAGAAGCUCUCAUCUUUCCUGCAAGAGGAGGACUGGAUAUGAACCUAGAUCAGACCAAGCUACACAUGCUUAUUGCCCAAACUUUUGUGUUCUCAUAUUUAUGGGCAGUUGGAGGAAAUUUAACAGAAAACUACUGGGAUUCUUUUGAUACUUUUGUCAGAGGGCAGUUUGAUGAUAUGGGUGAAGCUAAGCUGCCACCCGCUGGGGACUUGUGGAGCUACUAUGUAGACUACGAGGCUCGGCGGAUGGAUAACUGGGAAAAAAUAGUUCCCAGUUUUAAGUACAACCGUGAGGGAUCAUUUUUUGAAAUGCUUGUCCCAACAGUUGAUACUGUCAGGUUUGGCUACAUACUCGACAAACUGCUAAGCGUACGGCGCUCUGUUUUGUUUACAGGAGGCACAGGUGUUGGAAAGUCUGUCAUCGCUAGAGGUCUUCUGGAGAGUAUUGCAGACAGACAGAAUUAUGUGCCUAUCUUCAUUAACUUUUCUGCACAAACAAGCAGCUUUAGAACACAAGAAAUGAUUGAGUCCAAACUUGAAAAGAGAAGAAAAAAUGUUUUAGGUGCACCAAGAGGUAAACGGGUUGUCAUUUUCAUUGAUGAUCUCAACAUGCCAAAACUGGACACAUAUGGUUCACAACCACCAAUUGAACUUCUUAGACAGUACCAAGAUUUUGGUGGACUCUAUGACAGGGAGACAAUGCAGUGGAAAGAAAUUGAGGAUGUGACCCUUUCAGCUGCAUGCGCACCUCCAGGUGGUGGCCGCAACCUUGUUUCUCCUCGCAUGUUUAGACAUUUCAGCAUGCUGUGCAUUCCUUCACCAAGUGAACAUAGCUUAAAACACAUGUUUAUGGCUAUCCUAAAUGGAUUUCUGAUGGAUUUCCCCCAUGUUGUUAGGCAGUGUGCUGAAUCAAUAGUGACUGCAGCUGUAGAGCUGUAUUUUAGAAUGAGUUCAGAUUUGUUACCCACCCCUGCAAAAUCUCAUUAUGUUUUCAAUUUAAGAGACCUUUCCAAGUGUGUACAAGGCAUGCUUCAAGCAGAUCCAGGUGUAAUUAGAGAUAGGCCACAAAUUUUUAGGCUUUUUGUUCAUGAGACUCAGCGUGUUUUUCAUGACAGACUCAUCAAUAAUGAGGAUAAGAUGUUUUUUCAUCAAAUCAUGUCUGAAAUGGCCAGCAAACAUUUUGGAGAGACAGUGGAACCUGAGUCUUUUGUUGUGAAGCCAAUACUCUUUGGUGAUUUUAUGAAAAUGGGAGCACCAGAAAGUGACAGAAUGUAUGAAGAGCUGACUGAUAUUACAAGAGUUGCUGCUGUUUUAAAUGAUUACUUGGAUGAUUUUAACAUGCAGUCAUCUAAGGAAAUGAAACUGGUGUUUUUUAUGGAUGCCAUUGAACAUGUAUCACGCAUUGUUAGGAUGAUACAACAAGAACGAGGAAAUGCUUUGCUAGUUGGUGUUGGUGGUACUGGCAAGCAAUCUCUGACUAGACUUGCUGCUCAUAUCUGUGGCUACAAAUGUUUUCAAAUUGAGCUGUCACGUGGUUAUGACUACUCUGCUUUCCAUGAGGACAUUAAAAAACUUUAUGACUUUGCUGGUAUCCAAAAUAAACACACAGUGUUCUUGUUUACAGAUACACAGAUUGUUGUUGAAGAAUUCCUAGAGGACAUUAACAAUAUUCUAAACUCUGGAGAGGUUCCCAACUUAUUUGAACCAGAUGAAUAUGAAAGACUAAUCAUUGGCUGUAGGCCAGGGGCAAAAGAGGCUGGCAUCCCAGAAGGAAACAGAGAUGCCAUCUAUGACUUCUGCAUAAACAGAGUCAGAAAUAACCUGCACAUUGUUUUGUGCAUGUCACCUGUUGGAUCAUCAUUUCGUAGCCGCUGCCGCAUGUUUCCUUCACUUGUAAACUGCUGUACCAUAGAUUGGUUUGUUGAAUGGCCUAAAGAGGCCCUUUUAGGUGUAUCUAGAUCAUCUUUUGAGAGUGUUGAUCUUGGUGCACAAGACCACCUCAAGCAAAGUGUAUCUGAAAUGUGUGUUGACAUCCACAUGAGUGUUACUGCAAUGGCAGAAAGAUUUUACAAUGAACUGAAAAGACGCUACUAUACCACUCCAACCAGCUAUCUUGAGCUGAUCAACCUGUAUCUUUCAAUGUUGCAAGAAAAAACAAAAACUUUGAAAACCGCACGGGAUCGUGUAAAAAAUGGCCUGUCUAAACUGCUAGAGACCAACACACUUGUUGACUCAAUGAAGAAAGAAUUGAUUGCUUUGGAGCCUGAACUUAAGAAAAAAUCAGCAGAUACACAGAAACUUAUGGAAGAUUUAGUAGUGGAUCAAGAGAAAGCUGAUCAGGUUCGGAAAGUGGUUAUGGAAGAUGAAGCUGUUGCAAAGGUUAAAGCUGAAGAGACUAAAGCUAUUGCUGAUGAUGCUCAGAGGGACCUGGAUGAAGCUUUGCCUGCUCUUGAAGCAGCUAUUAAGGCACUUGAUUCCCUUGAUAAAAAUGAUAUAUCAGAAAUUCGAGUGUUUUCAAAACCACCAGAACUUGUACAAACUGUCAUGGAGGCAGUAGCCAUUUUACUCAAUCAAAAAACUGAUUGGGCAAGUGUAAAAGUUAUGCUUGGUGAUGCUGCCUUUUUAAAAAAAUUGUCUGAGUAUGAUAAAGAUAACAUUCCUGAAGCUAUACUGAAAAAGUUAAAAAAGUACAUGGAUAAUCCCAAAUUUAUUCCUGAAGCUGUUGAAAAAGUCUCAAAGGCUUGCAAAUCUAUGGUGAUGUGGGUCAGGGCAAUGGAUUUAUAUGCCAGAGUCUUCAGAACUGUUGAACCAAAAAGAAAUGCGUUAAAUAAAGCUCAACAGGAACUGGAUACCGUUAUGAGACUUCUAAAAGAAAAACAACAGAAACUUGCAACAGUUGAGGCAAAGAUAGCUGAACUUCAAAAAACAUAUGACGAAAGUGUUUCAGAGAAACAAAAAUUAGAGAGAAAUAUUGCAACCACUGCUGGUAGAUUAAAAAGGUCAUCAAAAUUAACAACUGCCCUUGCUGAUGAACAGGAACGUUGGCAAGAAAGUGUGGCAGAUUUUGAGAUCCAGAUAAACAAUGUGGUUGGAGAUGUUUUUAUUUCGGCUGCCUGUGUUGCUUAUUAUGGUGCCUUCACCUCAGUUUAUAGACAAGAGCUUGUCAACAAUUGGACUUCACGUUGCAUACAGCUAGAGAUUCCAGUAACUUCAGGCAUGUCUUUAGCCACUAUUUUGGCAGAUCCAUUUGAAAUAAGACAAUGGAAUGCUGAUGGCUUACCUAGAGACCAAGUUUCCAUUGAAAAUGCUAUUCUAGUGACAAGAGGACGUCGCUGGCCUUUGAUGAUUGAUCCUCAAGAACAAGCUAAUCGUUGGAUUAGAAACAGAGAGUCUAAAAAUGGAUUGAAAGUCAUAAAAUUGACAUCUGGAAACUUUCUAAGGACACUUGAGAAUUGUAUUCGCAUUGGUAUGCCUGUUCUUCUGGAAGAUGUUGGAGAAACUUUAGAUCCAGCACUUGAACCUGUGCUCCUAAAGCAAACAUUUAUGUCUGGUGGCCGUCUGCUUAUUCGUCUUGGAGAUAGUGAUAUUGACUAUGACCGCAAUUUUAGAUUCUACAUGACAACAAAGCUGUCCAAUCCUCAUUAUUUGCCUGAAGUUUGCAUCAAAGUCACCAUCAUCAAUUUUACUGUCACCAAGUCAGGAUUAGAGGACCAACUUCUGAGUGAUGUGGUACGCCUGGAACGCCCAGAUCUGGAAGAGCAGCGCAAUCAGUUGAUUGUUAGGAUAAAUGCAGACAAAAAUCAGCUUAAAGCUAUUGAAGACAGAAUACUCAAGCUUUUAUUUGAAUCAGAAGGGAACAUUUUGGAUAAUGAGGAGCUCAUUAAUGUCCUGAAUGAGUCUAAGGUAACAUCAGGUGUCAUUAAGCAAAGACUGGCAGAAGCAGAAGCCACUGAACAAAAGAUUAGUCAAGCCAGAGAGAAGUAUAGAGUAGUAGCAGAAAGAGGCUCUGUAAUGUACUUUGUUGUGGCUGAUAUGGGAGAAGUAGAUCCUAUGUACCAGUUCUCUCUAAAGUAUUUCAAGCAGCUAUUCAAUGCAACUAUUGAAACUAGUGAAAAGACAGAUGAUCUGCCAAAAAGGCUCAAGAUUUGUUUAGAUGAAACUACUAAGUGUAUAUACAAUAAUGUUGCCAGAGGCCUCUUUGAAAAACACAAACUGGUUUUCUCCUUCAUGUUGUGUGGAGAAAUUUUGAAAACAGCUGGUUCAAUCACUAACUCUGAGUGGAACUUUUUUCUUCGAGGAGUGGCAGGAAACUUGGAUAAGGUACGUCCAGAAAAACCAGACGUGGAUUGGCUAAAGCAGCAAAUGUGGGUGACUGCUUGUGAUCUCAGUGACACUUUUGAUAUUUUUAAAGGGAUUCAAAAUGAUUUGAUCAAGACACCAGUAUUUGUGACCCUUGGUGAUGGCACAACAUUUUUUGCUAACCCUGAAACAUAUGAAGGCUAUGAAGGAGAGCCAGCAGAACCUCCAGAUGACAACCUGAUGCCUAGUGAAACAAAAGUAAAUGGACAUUGGAAUAAAAGGCUCAAUAGCUUUCAAAAGCUCAUGUUUGUUAAAGCAUUUAAGGAAGAAAUGACAACAUUUGCAGUUAACAAGUAUGUCAGCCUAAGUCUUGGUCAACAAUUUGUUGAAAGUCCAGCUGUUAAUUUAACAGAUCUCUAUGAAAACAUGAAUAAUAUUACUCCUUUGGUAUUUGUACUAAGCACUGGUUCUGAUCCAAUGGGCGCUUUUCUACGAUUUGCUAAAGAGAAGGAAUACACUGAAAGAAUUCAGUCUAUAUCACUCGGACAAGGACAGGGUCCUGUUGCAGAAAAAAUGAUUAUGUCAGCAAUUAAAUCUGGUGACUGGAUAUUCUUGCAGAACUGCCAUCUUGCUGCUUCUUGGAUGCUGUCUAUGGAAACAAUUGUGAAAGAUAUAGCAGAAAAGCCAAAUGAAAUUCACAAAGAUUUCCGUCUGUAUCUUUCCUCAAUGCCUGCUAAGCAUUUCCCAGUCAGCGUUCUCCAGAACUCUGUCAAGGUCACCAAUGAACCUCCAAAGGGCUUAAGAGCCAAUUUGAGACGUGCUUUUGCUGAAAUUACUGCUAGCUUUUUUGAAGAACAUGUCUUGGCAGUAGACUGGAGAAGAAUUAUAUUUGGCGUUUGCUUCUUCCAUGCCAUCAUCCUAGAGAGAAAGAAAUUUGGACCGCUUGGAUGGAACAUUAAGUAUGAGUUUAGUGACAGUGACAGAGAAUGUGCUCUACUUAACCUUCAGAUGUUUUGUGCUGAUGGAUUUAUUCCCUGGGACACACUUAUUUACAUUACUGGAGAAAUAACUUAUGGUGGGAGAGUAACAGAUGCACAAGAUCAAAGAUGCUUGAGAACAAUUCUGAAAACAUUCUUUCAGCCAUUAACUAUUGAGUCAAGUUAUAAAUACUCCCCUUCUGGUGUAUACUAUGCUCCAAUGUGUGAUACUAUUGGAGAGUACAGACAAUACAUUGAAGAACUUCCUCAGAUAGAUGAACCAGAAAUCUUUGGCAUGCAUGAAAAUGCUAAUAUUGCAUUCCAAAUGAAUGAAACAAAUGCUCUUAUUGGCACUAUACUAGAUGUGCAGCCUCGUCUUUCAUCUGGUGGCACUGGCAAAUCCAAUGAUGAAAUAGCAGAUGAACUUGCUGAGAACAUUAAAGGAAAACUAAUGGAUAAAUUGGACAUUGAACAAGCAACUGCUGAGAUGUUUCAGCUUGAUGAAAAAGGUCGUAUGAACUCACUAACUACAGUUUUGCAACAGGAGGUUGACAGAUUCAACAAGCUACUUAGGGUUAUCAAGAAUUCAUUAGAACAACUACAGAAAGCCAUCAAAGGCUUUGUUGUUAUGAGUGAAGAACUGGAAAGAGUUUAUAAUGCUUUUCUAAAUAACCAAGUCCCAGGACUUUGGGCUACUGCUGCUUAUCCGUCUUUGAAACCUCUUGGCUCUUGGGUAAAAGAUUUGGUUUUGAGAUGUGCCUUCAUUAACAACUGGAUUGUUCAUGGGCUGCCAAAAUCAUACUGGCUUUCUGGAUUUUUCUUUCCGCAAGGAUUUUUGACGGGCACUCUGCAAAAUUAUGCUAGAAAGUACAACCUCCCUAUUGACCACUUGAGUUUUAAAUAUAAUAUGAUCAAGGUUUACAGGGAUCAGGCUGAAGUAACAGUCCAGAUGCAAAAUCUUAAAUUUGGAGAAGAAAUUGCUAUGGAUAAAGAAAUAACACUACCUGAAGAUGGUGUUUUAGUCCAUGGCCUAUACAUGGAUGGAUUUAGAUGGGAUUGGGAUGAGAUGGUGUGUACAGACUCUAUCAAAGGUCAAAUGAACUCAAGUUUGCCUAUGAUGCAUAUGGAACCUAGAAUGGACUUUGAAUGUGACAAUGCUCUUUAUUCAGCUCCACUCUACAAAACAGCUGAGAGAGCAGGAGUUUUGUCCACCACCGGACACUCCACCAAUUAUGUUGUUGCUGUUCAGCUUCCAUCAAACAAGCCACAAGAUUAUUGGAUUGCUAAAGGAGCAGCCUUACUAUGCCAAUUAAGUGAAUAGUCAGAAUUUCUAUUUAAUAUGUAUUUGAUCUACUGAACUUUAAAGUAGGCCAACAUUCUAAAGCUGUAAAUAACUUUUUUAACUAUGCCAAAAUUUUACCAAGCAAAUUUACAUAUAUAUAUAUAUUUAAAAUGUACUUUUAUUUUUAUGUACUACAGCUCUUUUUAUUAUGUAUAUUGAGUUUUUCAAUUAUUAUAAAUUGUAACUUUAUUGAACAAUUUGUAAACAUUUUCAUUAAAUGGUUUAUUGCUAAAAUGGAUUAUGUCAAAUAAACUAUAAGUAAUGUCUCUCAGACACUUUUUAAAGAUAGUAUUGUUUAUAGGAUAAUGCCACUUUAAUCUUAAUUUGUUUGUAAAACAUGUUCUUUUUAAUUAUGUAUAAACUAUUUUAUGCAAAACCCAAUUUUAGUUUUAGUGAAAAACUAAUAAUUAAGUCCACAAGUAUUUUGACUGAAAGACUUAAUUGUAUUAUUUAUAUUAUUUAUUGUGUAUCUUUUUCAAAUGCUAAUGUAACGUAAUAGUUUUGUGUAUUUAAAGUGUAUUGUUUUAGUUCUACAAUGUAUUAUUUGACAAAUUUUAAAAUUAAAGAAUUCAUUGAG